AGGAGCCGAACCCAGCCGAGCCGAGAGGAGCUGAGCCCAGAGGGACGUAGCUAGGCCGAACCCACAGUGGCUGAGACGGGCGGAGCAGAGCCUGCGGACCAGAGGGGACGGAGUCGAGCCCUACCCGGUGGAGCCGAGCCUAGGCUGGCAGAGCUAGGUCAGGCUGCUCUAAGGGCUUCAGGCCCAAGACACUGACACCACGAGGUCUCAGCCCCAGGCCCAGGUCACCGCCCGACGACCCUCUAGAUGAUAUCACUACAGGCAAAUCCGCCUGUGCCAACCAACUCCGCAGCCACUAGCCAUACACCGUGAUACACAUCGAUCCGUAACAGGUCUCCGGGGGACAUCUUAAAGCCACUGCCGGGACGAGAUCCUAUCACAUGUGGAAUGGAUCCAGACACAAAAGUGUGACAACGCCUGGUGUUGGAUGUUCGAGAACGGACAAGACUCGUCCGUGGGCCCUGACGCCACAUCAGGUGCUUCUGUGCAGGUAUGCAGUCAGCAUUGGCUACUGGCACGACCCCUACAUCGAGCACCUCGUGAGACUGUCUAAAGAGAGGAAGGCCCCCGAAAUCAACCGAGGAUAUUUUGCCCGAGUCCAGGGUGUCAGCCAGCUCACAAAAGCUUUCCUCCGGAAGACAGAAUGUCAUUGUCAGAUUCUCAACCUUGGGGCUGGGAUGGAUACCACCUUCUGGAAGUUAAAGGACGAAGAUCUUCUCCCAAGUAAAUAUUUUGAAGUUGACUUUCCAAUGAUCGUCACGCGAAAGCUGCACAACAUCAAAAACAAGCCUGCUCUAGCCAAACCCAUUGUAGAGCUGCAUUCAGAGGACACACUUGCAAUGAAUGGACACAUACUAGAUUCAAAGAGAUAUGCCGUUAUUGGAGCAGAUCUCCGAGACCUACCUGAACUGGAAGAGAAACUAAAGAAAUGUAACAUGAAUACACAGUUGCCAACACUCCUGAUAACUGAAUGCGUGCUGAUCUACAUGACUCCGGAGCAGUCAGCAAACCUCAUAAAGUGGGCAGCCAAAACCUUUGAGACAGCCAUGUUCAUAAACUACGAACAGGUAAACAUGGAUGAUCGCUUUGGGCAGAUCAUGAUUGAAAAUCUUUGGAGACGGCAGUGUCACCUGGCAGGAGUGGAAACCUGCAAGUCAUUAGAGUCUCAGAGAGAGCGGCUCCUGGCGAAUGGGUGGGAAACGGCCUCCGUGCUGGACAUGAUGGAGUUGUACAGCAGGCUGCCCCGUGCCGAAGUGAGCAGAAUAGAAUCCCUUGAGUUCCUGGAUGAAAUGGAGCUUCUGGAGCAGCUCAUGCGUCAUUACUGCCUGUGCUGGGCGACCAGAGGAGGCCAGGAGCUUGGUUUGAAGGAGAUAACUUGUUAAUCCAUGAAAGCCUGUCCUGAGCUGGAAGUGGAAGCCUCUGGCCUUUCCCAAGGACACUUCGGAGCUUCCUAGUGAUGGGUUGGCCUCAUCUGCUGGUCUCUCACACUCAGAGAAACCUCAGUUAUGAAGGUGGCUGCACUACUUCCUGUUCCUGUUGAUUCGUUGUUGUUUAAAUAAAUCUCACUUGCCAAUUG